UACGUUUUCAGUUUUCUUGCGUGAAAUUACCGAAUUUUUAUAGUCUAAAAAACACAGAAAACAAUCAUAAUGCUGGAUAACUGUCUUAAACGUUUUCGGAUAGAAUUGUAGCCAACAUAUAGUUGACAUAUUUUAAAUAGCCAACAUGUAGUUGACAUAUUUUAAUGUGCUAACAUUUUCUUUUGGCUGCAUUUUAAAAAAAUCUAUGAUUAUGAGUAAUUAAAAAACUGUAGUUUUUUAUUUAUAGAUUAUUUUCGAAAGGGCAAAAAAGGAUGCAAAUUCAAGUUUUGUUUUAAGAAUCUGAUGGCAGGUGUAUAAAACGCAUUUCAUGUUACUGAUUUCGAAAUUUAAAAUCGUUUAUCUCGUUCCUUAUUAGUUCUUCUACAGACUGUGAAGUAAAACAAUGUAUGUAAAAAAAGAAUUUUAAGAACUAUAGGAUUAUACUGGAACUUUUAUGCGUUAGAGUUACAUUUCAAGGAGAUAUAUUUUUUUGGACUCUAAUCCUGAACUUAUAAUUGCUGCAUGUUGUUACCUAACACUAUGUCUGGGACAGUUUAUGCUGGUGAUCGAGUGCCAAACUCAACAGAAACUGAAUUUUCAAGUAAUGAUAUUGCUUCUACAGGGAUCUUUUCUACUGAAUAUAGAAAACAUGAAGAUCUCAAAAAUAUGCUUGAUGGAAAUAAAGAUGUUUUGAAAUUGGAAGCAAUGAAAAGAAUUAUUGGGAUGAUAGCAAAAGGAAAAGAUGCAUCAGAUCUUUUUCCAGCUGUUGUAAAAAAUGUUGUUUCUAAAAACAUUGAGGUUAAGAAACUUGUGUAUGUAUAUCUUGUGAGGUAUGCAGAAGAGCAGCAAGAUUUAGCUUUGUUAUCCAUAAGUACAUUUCAGAGAGCUUUGAAGGAUCCAAAUCAGUUAAUUAGAGCUAGUGCACUGAGAGUUUUAUCUAGCAUCAGAGUUCCAGUCAUAGUGCCAAUAAUGAUGUUGGCCAUCCGUGAUGCUGUGAAUGAUAUGUCUCCAUAUGUAAGGAAAACAGCUGCCCAUGCUAUCCCUAAGUUGUACAGCUUAGAUCCAGAGCAGAAAGAUCAACUGAUUGAAGUUUUAGAAAAGUUGUUAUCAGAUAAAACAACUCUUGUCAUGGGCAGUGCAGUUAUGGCAUUUGAAGAAGUGUGCCCAGAACGGAUUGAUUUGAUUCAUAAAAAUUAUAGGAAGCUAUGCAACCUGUUGGUUGAUGUGGAAGAAUGGGGUCAGGUUGUUAUUAUGAAUAUGCUGAUACGUUAUGCACGGACACAGUUUACAGAUCCAAAUAAAUAUGAUGAUGGUAAAGAAGGAGAGGAAAAACCUUUUUAUGAAUCUGAUAAUUCUCACAGUAAGGAUGAUGAUGAAAUUAAGGAUAAGAAAGCUUAUGUUAUGGAUCCAGAUCAUCGAUUAUUACUGAGAAAUUGUAAGCCUUUACUUCAAAGUAGGAAUUCUGCCGUUGUCAUGGGUGUAGUUCAGUUAUAUUAUUACCUUGCUCCUCGUACUGAAGUAAAUAUUGUUGCCAAAGCUUUAAUCAGGUUAACUCAUAGUCACAGGGAAAUUCAAUCUGUAGUUUUGAGUACAAUUGCCACACUUACUACUAGAUACAAGGGCAUGUUUGAGCCAUAUUUGAAAAGCUUUUUUGUUCGAUCAAGUGAUCCAACCCACAUUAAAUUAUUGAAGUUAGAAAUAUUGACAAAUUUGGCCACAGAAGGAAAUGUAUCUUUCAUUUUAAGGGAAUUUCAGACAUAUGUCUCAAGUCCAGAUAUGGAUUUUGUCGCAGCAGCUGUGCAAGCAAUUGGUCGUUGUGCUAGCUCAAUAUCUGAAGUGACUGACACAUGCCUUAAUGGACUUGUUUCUUUGUUAUCAAACAGGAAUGAAACUGUAGUGGCAGAAAGUGUGGUUGUUAUAAAGAAGCUUUUACAAAUGCAAAUAACUGAACAUAAAGAUAUAAUCAUCCAUAUGUCACGUCUAAUGGACACAAUAACUGUUCCAAUGGCUCGAGCAUCUAUUCUGUGGCUUAUUGGUGAAUAUGCUGAUAAAGUCACUAAAAUUGCACCAGAUGUUUUACGUAAAGUAGCCAAAACAUUUUCAAAUGAAGAGGAUAUUGUGAAGUUACAAGCUUUAAAUUUGGCUGCAAAACUCUACUUAACCAAUUCUAAACAGACAAAACUGCUUGUACAGUAUGUUUUUAAUCUUGCUAAGUAUGAUAUCAAUUACGAUAUUCGUGAUCGAGCUCGGUUUUUGAGACAACUUAUUAUGCCUCAAGGAGAAAAGAUCAGUUAUUUGGCAAAACAUGCUAAGAAGAUACUUCUUGCUUCCAAGCCAGCUCCUGUUCUUCAAUCCAGAUUUAAAGACCGUGAUCGUUACCAGCUUGGUUCAUUAAGCCAUUAUAUUAAUGCUCGAACAAUUGGUUAUCAUGACCUUCCUCCUUUUCCUGAGGCUGCUCCUGAUCCAUCUGUUAGAAAUGUUGAAACUCAAGUACCUUGGCAAGAAUUUAAUUUUGUUAAAAAGAGUAAAAAGAAAACUGUGAAGAAAAAAUCUUUUUACUCGGAAACAGAGUCAAGUUCAGCUGAAGGAGCUGCAUCAGUGAGUUCAGCUUCUGAAGCUGGGAAGAGCGAAGCUAGCAAUGAAAGUUCGGCAUCUGAAUCUGAAUCCGAGACUUCCAGUAACAGUAAAUCAGAAAGUGGUGAAUCAGGUUCUGAAGCUAGUGAGAGUGAGACUGAGUUGAAGACUACAAAUGAAGACUUAUUAGUUCCAAUAAAAAAUACCAUUGACUCAGAUGUAAAACCCAAAGUUUUUCCUAACUCAGUGCCUAAGCCUAAAAAAGAUGCUAUUCCUCAAAAAGCAAAAAAAGUAGAGAAGAAAGAAAGCUCAUCUGAAACAGAAUCCGAUUCAGAAUCUGACAGUGAUCAAUCUGUCUCUUCAGAAUCUGAAGAAGAAAUAAAGGUUUCAAUAAAAAAGAAGAAAGCCACUAAAGAGAAGAAAGAAGUAGACUUAUUGCUUGAUCUUGAUGACUUUUCAACUACAAGUCUUCCCAAUCCAGUAAUUCAGCCUGCUGUAUUCAGUGACAUGUUAACACCAACUACAGAUAUUUCUUUAAAACUUUCUGAGGUCCAAAUGCUGGCAGCUAAUAAUUGUUUACAAACUGUUUCUGCAGCUUUCACCCCCACAAAGCAAUAUGAACUUUUAAAUAAAUAUAAUGGCAAAGGAGUUUGCAUUACUUAUCGUUUUACUAGAAGUCCUAAUUUAUAUUCGGCAAAAAUGACAACUGUAGAAUUAUCCAUAAAUAAUUCCUCUGAUAAAGAAAUAUGUGGGAUUCAUAUUCCAACUAAGAAAGUAGGAAGUAUUGAAAUCCAUGGAUUUCCAGAAAUUCAAAUGCUAGCUCCGAAUUCCAGCAUUAGAGUGACAUUUGGAAUUGAUUAUAAUGAAAGCACUCAGCCUGCAAAAUUUGAAUUAGAAACAGCAGAAAACAGUUAUACUUUGUCCAUAAAAGCUCCUGUUGGUGAAAUGAUUCAGCCUGUUUUACUUUCUGAAGGAGAAUUUAAUUCAUCUCAAAGUAAACUGAAAGGAAUGAAUGAAAACAGUGGAACCAUAGAUUUGUCUUCUGGCCAUGCUGAUGAAAAAGCUGUCAUUCAAUAUGUUUAUGAAGCUGCAAAUGUAAUGCAAGUUCAGAAUAAUGACAAGGAAUCUAAAAUACUCAGGUUUUCUGGUGUAACACCUUCUACAAAAUGUUUGGUUCUUAUUUCCAUCCAAGUCUUGAACAAUGGUAAAGCAAUUCUUACUGUGAACUGUGAAAAAAUGAUCAUUGGAUCUAUGUUUUUCAAAGAACUAAAAGAGGCUUUAUCGAAAUGAUGUUAGUGGGAACAUAUUAAAUUUUUGUUAAACUAAUAUGCAAGAAAGUAUUAUGCGACUAAAAGCUGCUGUGUAAAAAUGUACAGGAAAGAACAAUAUUUUCAUUAGUAAUUAUUUCUUUAAUUUUUCAUCACUUCCUAAAUAUUCCAUUUGCUGUUCUUGCUGUAUUAGAUGACAUUCCACUUUGUACAUGGCAGAAGUAUUUUUAUAAUGGUACUAUAAAAAUUCUGUAUUUUUUUCCCAGAAAUUCUGAUUUUAUAUGGAUAUAGAACUCAUACUUAGGGUUCAGUUUAUAAAUUCCCUCACCUCCUUAAUAUGCAUAUGCCACACACAUGAAUUCAUACACUUUCAUACUCUGAAAUGAUUAGUGGAUAUAUAUAUAUAUUCUGUACCUAUGGAUACUUUUAUAUAUUUGUGUAUAUUAUGCAGAAAUAGAGUGCAUACAUUUUUGAAAUCUGGUUUAAAUUAAUAUUUCAUUUUUAUUUAAAUGAAUUGAUUAUGUAGAAUGGAGUAAAUUCUUAAGAAAUUUAAAAUUACAUCAAAAGAAUCUUAAAUCGUUUGCAUUUAAUUUGAAAUCAAAAUAUUUUCUCAGUUAUUUAAUUAAGAAAAUAUUAAUAAGAUUUUCUUAAUAAUUUUUUAUAUUCUGCUAAGUAACCUAUUAAACAGUCUAAGAAAAAUUUAUUGUUAUGGUAAAAGUGUAUGCUAAGGCUGUGUUACUAAAGGAAGAUUUAAGUUAUAUGACUUGUCACAAUGCUGUUUCUGAAACAAUUCUACUUAUUUUAGUUUUUCUUCCCUUUCUCUCUUCCCCUCCCCCCUUUUUAAAUAUGUAAAAAACAGAAUGUUGGAUUUCUUAAACGAAUGAAAAUUGAUUUGCUGUAAAAUAUAUUAUAGAUUUUUGUUUAAAAAUUAUAAUCAAGAUCACGGAUUUAUGGUAUAUAUCUUAAAUUAAGUAAAAAUAAAGCAAACUUUAAUUUUGUUUUGUUUGUAAUGCUAUUAAUAUAAAAAGAUUGAAAGUAACAUAGUAAAUAUAAGAAAUUGUGCAUAUUGUUCUAGUUAACAUACAUCCCUCUUCUAAUGAAAAUAGCUGAAAUUAAGCUCAUCACAGAAAUGUAUUGCUGUACCAAAUUAGCAAAUAAAUUAAAAUUAUAAAAAUGAAACAAAAUUUUCAUAUAUUUUUGUUUAAUUUGUGUUAAGAGAAAUAUUUUUCAAAAUUCUUUAAUUAAUAAUUUCAUUGACUAAAUUGACGGAGCUGCAUCCUCAUCAAUGGAGAAGGACAAGGUACAGUUUGCUGCUUGUGUAUAACAAUCACAUUAUCUGUUAUCAUUUGCACAAAAUCCUUGUUGCUAUCAAUAAACAUAACAAUAAAUAA